UAUAUAUACAAUAGAUCGUCAAGACUUCGAUCUUGAUAAGUUGAAGGAAGAGAUGGACUAGACCCAAGAGAUCAAGAUCUCUCUAGAUCAAUGGAUUCUAAAAAGGUUUCUUGUUAAGGACCAGAAAAAUAAUGUCAUACCAGCCUUUUGCCAGAUUGGUUUGCUAGAUGAUAAUGUUACCAAACAUCAUAAUUUGCAACACAGGAUGCAUCUGAUUAUGUGACAGCAACCAAAUCAAGUAGUACUCCAGCAAACAUGGUCUAAAAAAAACUAUGAUAUAGACACAUUCAUUAUCAACAACAACAGUUUUAAUUAGAAAAUAAAUAUGGCACCCAUAUCACAUUACAUUGGCAAAACUAGCCUGACAACAUUGGCUAUUGGUAUAGCUAUCGGCAUAACAGUGUCCAAUAUAGUCAAGUUCUCAAGUACUCAGAGGAGACAUUUUUCAUCCAGUGGAUACAUUCCGGACAGUCCACACAGCCACGGAGAAAAUGAUUUUGUCGAAGGUCCAGAUGAUUCCCUCAGUUGGCAUGAUGAACAUUCACACAGCCAUAAAUUUGAAAAUGAUUCAGUGGCUCGGCAACUAUUUAAGAAAGUGCGUGUACUCUGCUGGGUAAUGACCAAUCCUAACAACAUUCACACCAAAGCCCGUCAUGUGAAAGCCACAUGGGGAAAAAGAUGUAAUGUGCUGCUGUUUAUGAGUUCCAGAGCUGAUCGUGACCUGCCAGCCCUUGCAUUAAAUGUUCAGGAAGGUCGAGAUAAUUUAUGGGCCAAAACCAAAGAAGCCUUCAAGUUGAUACAUUCCAAAUAUCUGGAGACUGCUGAUUGGUUCAUUAAAUGUGAUGACGAUACAUUCCUGGUAUUGGAAAACCUAAGAUACUUUUUGCAGGACAAAUCUCCCUCGGAACCUGUUUACUAUGGCCGAAAGUUUAAACCCAUUGUGCAGCAAGGCUACAUGAGCGGUGGGGCUGGGUAUGUUCUCAGCAAGGAGUCACUUGUUCGACUAGUGACCCAAGGGAUUGGCCAUAAAGAAGACUGUCGCGCUGACAGUGGUGGGGCAGAAGACGUUGAAAUGGGAAGGUGCUUGCAAAGCGUAAAUGUACAAGCUGGAGACAGCCGAGAUGAACUUGGACGUGAACGGUUUCACCCAUUCGUCCCAGAACAUCACCUCAUUCCCGACAUUCUUCCACCAGACAUGUGGUAUUGGUCAUACAACUUUUACCCUGCUAAACAGGGACAGGAGUGUUGCAGUGACUAUGCCAUCUCCUUUCAUUAUGUGCCACCAAACAUGAUGUACGUCCUGGAGUAUCUAGUGUAUCACCUGAAACCUUACGGCAUCACUUCAGCUUACGGCAGUACAGAGGAACAGGACCAUGGUUCCAGUCACAAAGACACAGACGCAAUGAAACCAGAAGGUAAAGGUAUGGAAGAUAAAGAAGAUGAGGAAACAAACAUCUCUCUAGCCCAGACUGACUCUAAACACAUUUCCUGAAAUGAUUUGUGUAUAUAUGCUAUAAAUGUUAGUACAAAUAUUUAUUUGAUUGUAAACAAAAAAUGUUUCAUUUUAACAUCAUUGAUUGACUAACAACCCAUAAUUUUUUUAUGCUUUAACCCAUUAAUCUUUUUUAUUUUGUAGAAAAAAAAAUUAAAUUAAGCUUGUUUGAACUAGUAAAUGAAAACGUUUGUUAGAAGUGUCAGCACUGGUAACUUGGUUUAGAACUAAUGAAUCUUUUUCAAGAGUCACUGAAUUAUUUCAAACAGAAAUCAUCAAAUAAGAGAUAUUUUACUUAGUUUCAAUUCAUUUUUCUUAACUCAUAGAUCUAAUUAGUUUAGUUUCGAUGAACUCAUUGUGAUAGCUGGGUUGUUUUUUUUAACUCAUCAUUCUAAUUAAUUUUUGUAGCUGAUGGUUCUCACAAUCUAUUAUUGUAUUGAACAUGUUGUUUCAAUUCAUUGUUUUACUACUUUUAAUUCUUGACUCUAAACUGAUUAUUUUUUGGAACACAUUAUUCUAUUUCACUCACCACUAAAGGUGCUAGUGUUGAAUUGUUGAAAACCAUUGAUUUAGUUCAUUGUUUGUUCUCGGAAAAUUCUAAGAUGAUUGUCUCCCUAAAGACAUUCUGUCUGACAAGCUAUGAAAUGUUGUCACUGCCAAAAAAAAAAAAAACUAGUCAAGUCUUUUCUUCAUUGUUUUAAGGUGUGCCUGCUCUCUUGAACUCUCUUUAGAGUUUCAUAGAGAGUUUUCAUGGGCCCUGUGGGUUUGAAAAAGUGAAUGUAAAUGAUUUUUCUGGUUAAAACUAUUAAACUUCGCAACAUUAUUUCCAUGUGUUACAUCAUGCUGUCCUCACAGCAGUCAAGAAUUGUUAUGUUGUGUGCUUUAAGAUGUAGACACAAACUAGCAGUCAAGUCUUAGUUAAAUGUCCUCACAGCAGUCAAGUCUUAGUUAAAUGUCCUCACUGAAGUCAAUAAUUUUUUAUUUUGUGUACCAUAAGAUAGAUUAGACACAAAAUAGAAGAAAAGUCUUAGUUAAAUGUCCUCACAGCAGUCAAGAAUUGUUAUGUUGUGUACUUUAAGAUCUAGACACAAACUAACAGUCAAGUCUUAGUUGAAUGUCCUCACAACAAACAAGAAUUGUUAUGUUUAAGAUGUAGACUAGCACAAACUAGCAGACAAGUCUUAGGUAAAUGUCAGCCAUUGCUCCUUUAGGUAUCCAUUCAUCCAUCCCAGUGGCAUUACAGUUCAUGGACGGACCUGGCCUGCUUUAGCACAUCUUUCCAUUCUGAUCUAUCUUGGGCUUUACUUCUCCAUGCCCUGACUCUUAGCUGUUGUAGAUCUGCAUCAUCAAGCCACCGUGCUCAAGGUCUGCCUUUGGGUCAUCUGCCUAUUGGUUUUUGCCUUAAGUAUUCAGAUCUGUUUCAGUUAUUUGAUAGCACUAGGUGAGCUUUUGGUGGUGAUGAUGUUUAUUCCUUCAAGGCAGCAAAUGGAAAUCUAAGACAAAAUAAAUGUCAUUCAACUAUUUUGUUACCAAGUUUACAUCAACUCACUCUGUCUGGUAAAAAGUUUGUUCACAUUCUUUUGUUUGAUAUUGAUCAUGGGGAAAGAAAUAGUACUUGACAGAUGGGGUGGUAUACAUUGAAUUAAUCCCCAGAUAGGAUUUCCAGCUUGUCAGAUUCAUACAUUAUCUGUUAACGGUUAGUUUUUGAACCUUUUUUUGGUUUAUAGCAUAUGAAUAUUUAAUGUUUAUUCUUUUUUAUGUACUGUAAGAAACUGGCCUAUGAUUUAUUUUGUUAUGAUCAUCACAAAAUGUGUAGACACUGGUGGACAGAGCAAUGAAGCUUUGUAGUUUACAAACACCUACCACGUAUUAUCUUUUUUUUUUACAAAAACUAACAAUACAGCAUCAAGUAUAAUGUGAGUGUGCUUUAUGUUUUUAAACACUUUUUUGUAUACUUCUGUUACAUUGGAAGAUUUAGAAGAUCCAUCCACCUAGUCAUUGUAUAAAUGUUUUCCUGUGGGUUUUUUUUUUUUUUUUUUUAGGGGGGGGGGGGGGGGGAAGGCGGGAGUUUACAAAAUAUUCCGAAACUGUAAGCCAUGUCCUUUACUCUCUAUAAUGUGUUUUAUUUUUACAACCACCAGACUGCAUUAUUUAAGAGUUUGUGAUUUUUUUCUUUAUGUUGUUUUUUUUUCAAUAGUUUUUAUACAAACAGUGUUAUUUGAAAGUUUUCUUGUUGGCUCCAUUAUGUAGUAUAUGUUUUGUUUCCAAAAAAAGUUGACAGGUAACAAAAUAAUUCAAGGAAAGUUACUACAUCUGCAAAUAUGGUCUCAAAUGAAUUAUGUGCAUCAUUGGGAAAAAUGUUUAAGUCUUAAUGAGAACAACAUAGAUGAUUAGUAAGAGUUUGAAAAAUAUUUGUAAAGUGAGACCUAGAUUCAUAUUUUAUUAGUGAGAUUUAUACAUGUCAGACCCGGACUUAUAAUUUAUUAAUGAGAUGUAAACAGGUAGUUUAUAAGUUAGACCUCGACUUGAACUUAAUUACUGAAAUUUGAACAGGGAGUUUAUGAGUCACACCUGGACUUCUAUUUUAUUACCUAUGUACAGGCUGUCUAUACACCACUUGUCUUAGUGAUUGCUUUUUAAUUUCAAAUACCAGUAUUAAUGUUCCUUAAUUCUGUUGUAUUGAUUACAACAGCUGUUGUAACUUAAUCCCAUGCCUUGAAUUUCAGCAGUGGUAUAUAGCCUCAUGGAUAUUAAAGAUGGUUAAAUAAUCUUCUCAGCCCAUCAGUUGAUCUUUUUUUUCUCUCUUAGAUUUAGAGUUUCUUCUUAACUGCUUAUCUCCCCUUCUCGCCCUACUGGGAUCUUCAUAGCUUUAACAACCCAGAAACAAACCUCAUAAAUACUUCACAAAGAAUAUUUAUAUUUAAAACUAUAAAUUCAUUUGAAUUUUUUUUUUCAUAGUUUACCAUCUGUGAGUCUAUACUUUUUAUAAACUAAGAUCAUUGAAGACAAAACAUCAACAUUGGAAGACAAAAUAGAUAAACAUUGUGAUAUUUUGAUAAUACACAGCCACAGUGAACAAAAAAAACUGAUAUACGUUUUAUAUAUAUAUAUGUUAACAAUUGUAGGUUUUUAUUACCAAAAUUGAAAGAAUAGCAUUAAUUGACUUUGCAUAUCAAAUACAGAGGAAUAUCAAAAUUGUUUUUGUUUUUAAUUUAUAUAUGUCAUUGCCAUUUUGUUUCACCACUAAAAUAAAUGUAUUGAAACAUUUUAGGAAUUAAAAAAAUGUCAAAUUUGUUUUGAAACGGCACCACUGUAGCUGUACAGAAAUGUUUUACCCUGAACUAUAUGAGCUUUAAGUGUACACAUGUUUUUAUUUGAUCAUGUGCCCCUACAAUCAAAAUACACUUCCUUAUAGUCUUAUUGUAACAGUGUUAAUAUUUGUUUCAUUUAUACAACCGGGACAUCAAAAAUUUUUGUGAAAUUUUAAUUUAAAUAUGGUGGACUUGUUUUGUUUAUUUAUCAAAGAAAAUGUUUUGCUUUAUUUGUGUAUGUUUUUAUUGUGCUAUGUUUGCAGCAUUGUUUACUUUAUGCUGAGCUGAUUCCUGUACAGUUGUACAUAGAUUAUACUCCCCUUUUUGUUGUUUUGACACAGAAUAUUGUCACCAGACCAGAUGUAAAUAUAGGCCAAGUACAAUUGAAAUGACAUUCAUUUGUUUGUGAUUAGUUUUUGAGUCUAGAUUGUAAAACUAUUUUGUUUCUUUUGCUGUCAUAUUUAGGUUACAUUGACCUAUAUCAGUGCUAUUCAAACUGGUACUUGUACCACUGGUGGUACCUCAAACCAUGCAAACUGGUAACUGUGGUACCACUGGUGGUACUUCAUGCCAUGUAAGUGGUAACUGGUAAUCAUACCACUGGUGGUACUCCAAGCCAUGCUUAGUGGUAGUCAUGUGGUCUUUUAUGUUCCACAAAUCGAUGUCUCAAUCUUUCCGUUUUUCCUACUUCUAUGUCUUUCCAUCUAAGUUUAUCUCAAGACCCUUUCGUCAAUGAAGUAAAAACAUGUUUCACACUUAACACAGUAGUAAGAGGGAAUAAUCGUAACACAUGGAUGGCUGCCUGGUCAUGUGGUUUGCGCUCUGGACUGUAAUUUGGAUUUAUCAAUGGUCCUGGAUUCAAACCCUGCCCGCUCCCAUCUCCCGUCGUCCUGCGGGAGGUUUGGACUAGGAAGUAAACUCUGAAGGAACAUCCGAAACAUGUAAAACAUUUUACAAACAUUUUAACAAGGGAAAAUGUAUUAACAAUUUUUUUGUGCAUGAAUAAAGUUAACCUGUUUAAAAUUAUUCUCGUGAGUGAGAAUCUAACAUCAGAUAAUCAGGCAUGACACUUUUAAAUCAUUAUAUAUUUAUACACCUAGGUAGUAAAAGCAAAGUAAAGUUCCCCUUUCAGACCUUGUGGUUUAUAGGGCAGAUGAUGUAAAGAUCAUCUGUUCCUGCGACCCACAGUUAAUGAGGGUGUCAUGUGGCCAGCACAAUGACGAAUCACCUUUACUUUUCCCCAACUAAUGUCAGGUUAGAGCUGGGUGGACUCAGAGGUGCCCAAAGAUCCCAAAAUUAAAAAUCCCAGUCUUCAUUUAGGUACUUCUUUAUUAUAGUGAUUAUAAUAGCUUUUUUUUCACAAGAAUUAAGAUGAAAAUAGACGAGUCAUUGACAGUGGUAUUUCAGUUUACUGAUCCUCACCAAAAGGUACUUGUUUGAAAAGCACUGACCUUUAUUUAUGUUAAUAAAAUGAUGAGUAAUCUAUGUAAAGUACUUUGAAGAAAAAAAAAUUAUAUUAGAAAUAAGUGAAUGCUGCAUCAGACAUCAAGUGAAUAAAUAAGAAGGCCACAUUUUAAAGCAGCCUGUAGCUUCUUGUUUGGUGUUACAAGUAUACAUGUUUAAAACACUAAGACCUUCGGUUUAACUAUUCUUAAUCUUAUCAAUAGUCCAGUCAGCAUGUCAACAAUGGACUCUAUUUACAGGCCACUGUGGUCAGUGCACACACAAAAACACACUUGUCACUAUACAGUCAGUACACACACACAGCACAUUGUCAUGAUGUGUCUAAAACAAAACAAAAGCUAUUCUUGUGUCUAACACAUAACGACCUGCUUUCUUUGUAACAGAUAUUGUAAACAUAAUUUCGUUUGUUUUAUUCAGACAGACAUUUCUAAUGUUCUUGCAUCUCAUGUCAGUGCCUGCUCAAUUGAACUUGUCAUGUCAGUGCCUGCUCAAUUGAACUUGUUCCACUUGUGAUAGCCUUUACCCCCCUGCUUGAUAUUGUACGCCAGGAACAACAAGCUGGCUUCACAACAGAAGCUUUCAAUUCCCUGUGAUGUAUAAGAAAUAUUUUAAAAUGGUUACACACAAUUUUUUUUAUGCAUGUUCUUAUCAUGACUAUUGUCUUUGUAAAUUUGCAGUUGUCACCUUCAAAAAAAGAUUAUUGUUUGUAAUAGUCUCUACUUGAGCCCUGCAUGACAUACCCUAUGACAAAUAUAUUGUAAACCUAGAUCUAUAGAUAAUCCAAUAAAAUGAAACUAACAUC